ACAAUGACCCCCUUCACGCCAGGGAGAGACACUAGAGGUCCUCCCCGCACGAUCUUCGUCGCUCAAGGGUUACAUUGCAUCCAUCAUCCUUGUCAGUCAUUUAUAUCAGGGGCACGCGAUUGCUUCGACUGUCGGAGAGAUGUCUGCACUCUGCCAUGCCCCUCCCCGCGGGGAUUUAGUCUCUCAUUCCUUCCCCCUUGAUGCCAGCCCAGCAUGCCGCUGUGAUCCUGCAAACCUCCAGCUCCAGCACGUUGGUCACUUACUUGCUGUCAUUUUCUUGCUCCCUUUUCUAUCGCCGAGAUGGUUCUUUGGGGGUCUCUGGCAGUGUUCUUCGCCCUUCCUUAUAUCGUGGACUGUACUAACUCUUCUGGGGCGAUCGACAACUAUGAUGUCCUCCAAUAUAUUAAUCCCCUCAUCGGGAGCGCUAACGGAGGAAAUGUCUUCGCGGGGGCAACAAUCCCGUAUGGCAUGGCCAAGGCUGUCGCUGAUACCGACUCGAUAAACAACCAGGGAGGUUUCGCCUACGAUGGCAGUAGCAUCACCGGAUUCUCUAGUAUGCACGACUCGGGGACCGGAGGACAGCCUUCUCUAGGUGUUUUCCCUCUGUUCCCUUAUGCGACCUGCACAAACGACGAGAUAGAUGGCUGCGCGUACCCCAAGAAGGACCGGAAGACCUCCUAUGUCUCUGACUCGGUCAAGUCCAGUCCUGGUUACUUUGGACUAAACAUGAGCUCGGGUAUCCAGGUGGACAUGACAGCUGCCCACCAUACUUCUCUCUUUCGCUUUCAGUUUCCAACCGACAAGUCGUCGAGCCCAUUGAUCCUGUUGGACCUGUCCGACCUGUCUGAUACUCGGCAGGAUAAUGGAACCAUUUCGGUGGAUCCCACAACAGGACGCAUGACAGGCUAUGCACGCUUUCUACCAAGCUUUGGAAGCGGUUCAUAUGUGCCGUACUUCUGCGCAGACUUUCACGGUUCCGGGGACAUUCGAGAUAACGGUAUAUUUGUUGAUGCGCGGGCUAGUGCAGACGUCAAAAAUCUCACGAUAUCACGCAGCAUAAACGGCUAUCCUCUUCCGGGAGGUGCUUUUAUCCGAUUCAAUACUUCCCCGGACAACAUCGUCCAUGCUCGAGUGGGACUUAGUUUCAUCAGCAACGAGCAAGCAUGUGAAAACGCCGAAGCGGAAAUACAUGAUUUUGACUUCAAUAAGACCUAUAGCGCAGCUGUGGACAUGUGGACGCAGAAACUUGCCCCGAUCCGUGUAUCACGGAAUGGGAUCAACUCAAGCACACUCACGAACUUUUACAGUGGCAUAUACCGGACCAUGGUCAAUCCGCAGGACUACACAGGAGAGAAUCCUCUGUGGAACAGCACAGAGCCUUACUUUGACUCAUUCUACUGCCUGUGGGACUCGUUCAGGUCCCAAUUCCCAUUUCUAACGAUCUUCGAUCCAGCGGCACUGACUCGCAUGCUCCGCUCAUUGAUCGACACCCAGAAGCAUCUGGGGUGGCUCCCAGAUUGUCGCAUGUCGCUUUGCAAAGGCUACACGCAGGGUGGCUCGAAUGCCGACGUCAUCUUGGCUGAUGCAUACGUCAAAGGCAUCUCUGAUGGCAUCGAUUGGGCGGCAGGCUAUGCAGCUGUCCAGAAGGACGCGGAGGAGGAACCGUAUGACUGGUCAAAUGAGGGCCGUGGCGGGCUAAUGAGUUGGAAAGCGUUGAACUAUAUCCCCGUGGAAGAUUUCGACUACAUCGGCUUCGGUACCUUGACCCGAAGUAUCUCUCGUACCUUGGAGUACUCUUACAAUGACUUUACUAUUGCUCAAAUGGCUCGGGGCUUGAACAAAACGAGGGACGCGGAGAAGUACGAGGGCACAUCCCAGUAUUGGCAGAACCUCUUCCGAGCGGAUCAAACCUCAUUCCUCAACGGUACUGAUACGGGGUUUGAAGGCUUCUUCCAGCCCAAAUAUCUGAACGGUACAUGGGGAUAUCAGGACCCUUUAACAUGCUCCAACAUUGACACGAGCGGGAGAUCCUGCUCCUUGCAGAACAACGCAGCUGAGACCUUCGAGUCUAGUAUCUGGGAGUACCAAUUCUUUGUACCUCACGAUAUGGCGACUCUGGUGACCUUGCUGGGUGGUCCAACCCAAUUCGUCCGCCGCCUCGACUACCUCCAUGACCAAGGCAUCACUUAUAUUGGAAACGAGCCUGCCUUCCUCACCGUCUUUCAAUACCACUACGCCGGUCGCCCGGGAAAAUCCACCGCCCGUGCGCACUUCUACAUCCCCCGAUACUUUAACCCAACACCCACCGGCCUUCCAGGCAACGACGAUUCCGGUGCGAUGGGUUCCUUUGUGGCCAUGACCAUGAUGGGUCUCUUCCCAAACCCCGGUCAAAACGUGUAUCUCAUCACAGCACCUUUCUUCGAGUCCAUCAACAUCACCUCACCCCUCACCGGGAAAACAGCCACCGUAAGCACCGUCAACUUCGACCCCACCUACCAGAACAUCUACAUCCAGUCUGCCACGCUGAACGGGCAACCGUACACGAAAAGCUAUGUUGGACACGAAUUCUUCACGCAGGGACAGGAACUGGUGCUCGUGCUGGGACGGAACGAAAGUACCUGGGGCACCAAGGCCGAGGACCUGCCGCCCUCGUUGUCGACGAGUCAGGAUGCGACGUCGAACUUUCGAAGGGAUGAUUGGUUGUAACUUACUGUCUAUUGACUGCGGCCACGGUAUGAAUAGACCACACGGAUACAUUCUGCACUGGUAGAUGGAUACACUA